AUCUAAACUAAGAGAGCAGACGAAAUUUAUCUUAGGGGAAAGCAGAAAAAGUUAAUCGAACCUUCCUGGAUGCUUAUAGCAGGGAUGUUUACAAAUAGGGGUUAUCGUAAGUUAAGAAUGAUAUAAAAUCUCCUAGAAACAUCAUUGAUGAAUGUGCCACUUGCACAAGCUGGCAGCUGUAGCAGGUGCACAGUUUAUUCUUUUGGGGGUCUGGGUGCUCUAGAUCUGUCCUGCCAGCUUUGCAGACACAUGGUGGUAGCGAUGCCCUGUAACCCACACUGCUCUGCCUGGACAGGCAUUAACUUACCAGACUAAAGCAGUCAGAGCUGUCAGAAGACUAUAGCUCCUUUAAGUUGAAAAUGAUAAAUUUUUAAUAACAUUGUGUGGCAGUAUCUUUAGGGACAUGGUUUAGUGGUAGAUUUGGACUUAGCAGUGUUUGGACUUGAUGAUUGUAAAGGUCUUUUCCAACCUAAAUGAAUCUAAGGUUCUGUGAUUCUUCAGAGAGGGAGCUUUUGUUAACUCUACAAACACCAAAUCCUGACACAAACAGCAGACUGAAUUUGCUGUCCCUAAAAACGUUAAGAUCUGUUAAUCUCUUGUGGCUGCCCAGCUUACAAAGGCUGUUUGCUGUGUAUUUGAUUACAAAUCAUUAUUAUGGAUGUAGUGGUUAUUUAUGUCGUGUACAGGGGCAGAUCUGUUGCUGGUCAAAUUCCUCCCAAAAGGCUCAGUACACGUAGAGAAUAGGAGGAGCAUCAGCAGCAUUACAGAUUGCAGCAAAUAUAUUUCAUGCAAAAGGCAGAGGAGAAGAAAGGAGAAAAAAUUAGCGAAGUAAAAGAGGAAAUACAGUGAUAGUGAGAAAACUGUGCCGCUUGAGGAAGAGAAUACAUGAACUGACAAUCAAAUACAUCAGGCGUUAACACAAGCAACAUGUCUCGUCCACCAGGAAGAAAGCAGGAGAACCACAAAAUAAGCAGAGAACUUUUUGUACUCACAUAUGGGGCUUUGGUAGCCCAGCUGUGCAAGGACUAUGAAAAGGAUGAAGAUGUCAACACCUUUUUAGACAGAAUGGGAUACGGCAUUGGUGUAAGGCUGAUUGAUGAUUUUUUAGCUCGUUCAGCUGUGAAAAAGUGCCGCAGUUACUCUGAAACUGCGGACAUGAUUGCACAGGUUGCUUUCAAGAUGUACCUUGGGGUCACUCCUAGCGUGAGCUGCAGUAACACAGCAGGAAAUGAAUUCUCCUUAAUCCUGGACAAAAACCCACUAGUGGAUUUUGUGGAGGAGUUGCCAGCAGAACGAGUGUCACUUUGCUACUGUAACCUCCUCUGUGGGGUGAUUCGAGGUGCCUUGGAAAUGGUUCACUUAGCAGCAGAAGUUACCUUCCUCCAGGACAGGCUGAAGGGUGAUGCUGUGACAGAAAUAGGAAUUACAUUUUUAAGGAAGGAUGAAGACAGAAAGCACAAAAGAAAUAAGUGAAAGAAAUACUGGGAGAAGCCCAUGCUGAGCGAUAUUUUGCACCUUUUGUUUCUGAAGAAGACAUGCAGGGUAAAAAUGGCUUCACUGAGCCAGGUGCUCCAGUCAUACAUUUGAAAGGUGAAGAGAGCUGGGCAGCAAACAGGAGGGGCAGAGCAGGGGCAGGGCAAUGUUAAUUAUCAUGGCACAGAUACCAGUAUAAAAGAUUAAGAUGGCCUGCCCCUCCUUCUCACGUAACCAUGCUCUUGGGCUGAGUGGAAGUUUUAUCUCGGUAUUUAGUGCACGCUGGAUGCAAAAUAUUCAUUUGGACGCCAACUGUUUUCAGCUAACCAUGACCACCUUUUCCCUUUCUGUUUUUUGGUAAUGUUUCAAAGCAUGGUUGCUAGGUGGUGCUUUAUUUCCCUGGCUAUUUGUGGUUAGGAAUAAUGAAUUAAUCUUCUGUGACUCCUGGAUUUAGUGUCUCGCUGCCAGAUGCCUGUUUUGAUGAGUAAUGGUUUGCUAUUCAUUGUCCUCCAGACCGGAUGUCCUGCUUUGAAACCAGAGAGGGAUGUGGCUUCACUGAUGCAGGAGCCUGUUUGGUCCAUUACAGCUCUUUCAGACCCCAAGUGCACUUUUGCCAGCAUGGCUGUUCAGCCCCGUGCGUGCAUGUCCAUCAGGCUGCAGCACUCAGACAACUGCAGCAGUGCUUGUGUUGCUUCGAGCUAUGGUCUUUUUCAUGUUAGCCUGCUCUUCAAGAGCACUGGUCUUAUGACCAAACUGAACAAAGCAUGGCAUAUUUAAUGUGUUGUCACUGUGGAUCUGUACUCACCUAAGGAAACUCAAAUAAAAAUUCAGAGAUUGCCACACAAGUGGUUUGCUGAUUGUUGUGUCUGUUCUUACAUCUUCCCCUUCGAAGUGGACUUCUUACCACAGCAUGACUGGGAAGCAGAGAAAUAGGAGCCUUGCAGAGACCUGAGUUAUAGGGAAGGUUUGAUGUUGUCCUGUGUAAUGCAAAAUAAUAUGAGUGAGGGUUGGACAAAACCCCAAGUCCUAGCACAGUACCCUACCCUCAAGGCCAGCUCAGCUUUUCACUGAAGCACUUGUUUUAAACUGAAAUACAAACCCUCAGCGCAGUUCAGUGAAGCCCAGAGGGAACUCUGAUUUUAUUGCUGUGAUUUGUACCCUCAUCUCCUUUU